AUGUCGUCUGGCGGUAUCGAGAUUUCCGAGGAGGACAAGCGGUUGCACAGAGAGGCCGAAAAGAGCCUCAAGGAGGCGAAGCUCAAGAUGUCCAAGCAGGUCAAGGUCCUCCUCCUCGGAUCCGGAGACUCGGGCAAGUCGACUAUCCUCAAGCAAAUGCGCCUCAUCCACCGCGUCCCUUUCUCGACGCAGGAAAUCGAGUCCUACCGCCAGCUCGUCUUCAACAACCUCACCCACGGUCUCAAUGCCGUUAUCAUCGCCAUGGAGGACAUGGAGCUCGACGUCUCAGAGGAGAACCGCGACCUGGUGCACCACAUCGAGGAUGCGAAUGACAUCAAGGACGGCGAGCCAUACCCGAUCGAGUACUGCGAGAUUCUCAAACGGCUCUGGGCGGACCCCAACGUCCAGGCGGCCUACGCCCGUGGCAACGAAGCCGCGCUCCCAGAGAAUCUGCUCUACUACUUCGCGGACAUCGACCGGCUCUUCGACCGUGAGUUCACGCCCAACGAGCAGGACAUCGUCAACUCGCGCGCCCGGACAAUCGGCAUCACGGAAACGGUCUUCACCCUCCGGGACCACGACAUGCUGAUGGUCGACGUCGGCGGACAAAAGAGCGAGCGGCGGAAGUGGAUCCACUGCUUCCAGGACGUGACCAGCAUUCUGUUCCUCGUCAGCUUGAGCGGGUACGACCAGUGUCUGGUCGAGGACAAGGAUGCGAACCAAAUGCAGGAUGCGAUGACCAUCUGGGAUUCAAUAUGUCACUCGCAAUGGUUCAAGCAGACGUCUAUCAUUCUGUUCCUUAACAAGAACGACCUGUUUGAGAAAAAGGUUCAGCAUUCUAAUAUUAAGAACUUCUUCCCAGACUUUGACGGUGAAGCGGGAGACGCGAAGAUGGGGCGUGAGUACUUCAAGAAACGGUUUGCACGUCUAGCCCAGAAGGCAAACGCCAAGGAGCGCGAGAUCUACAUCCACACAACGACUGCAACAGACACCGCCAUGCUUCGCGUAAUCAUGGCCGCUGUAGAAGGUUCGUCAUUUUGUCUCUGA